AUGACUUGUCCAGCUGGUUGGUUGCAAUUUAGAGAUAGCUGCUAUCAAGUUAUGAAUCCAUACGGUGUUGGUACAUACUGGCUUGGAGCUUUUUUAUCUUGCAAGUUUUCUUAUUCUAGCGGUUUAGCAAUCAUUGCCAGUAAAGACGAAAUGAAAUUUAUCGAAAGCGUAGCUUUAUCACUCAAUCGCCCACUAUGGAUUGCUAUGAAAGCUGAUGGAAAAGGGCUUCGAUGGAAUAGUAAAGAGAACAUUACUAACCACUACCAGAUACCACCAAAUGCGUAUUGUAUGUUAGUGAAACCUACUGGAAAUCGAGUCACUUGGGAAUUUUCUUCUUGUAGCACUGGGAUCGGUGCUUAUCCAUUGUGUCAAAAAGCUGCAACACCUAUUACUUUAAAUAAUUCUGAGGGUUUGACAACAGCUGCUAUUGUUGACUCCAUCGGGAAGGAUAUUUUCCCUACUUGUCCAGAUAAUUGGUUGCGAUAUAGAAACUAUUGCUACUACCUUGAAACUACGACUGGCAAUUACUUACAAGGAAAAAAUCGAUGUAAGAAUAAUUUGGAAGCCUAUCCAGCAAUUAUUAAUGACGCCGAGAAGGAAAUGAUAAUAAGAUCUAUUCUUGGCAUCGAUGAUGAGGUAUGGAUAGGAUUAGAAGGUACAUCGAACAACUUCACGUGGUACGAGAAUUUGGCAAGCAUCAACUAUACCAAUUUAGUUGCUCAUGCCUGUUAUCCAGAAAAUUCAUGUAAUUGUACGGUGUUAAAAAAAUCAAAUGAAUUUUUAAGCUCUUGGUAUGUUCGAGACUGCAAUCUUAAUGCUUCUAUUCUUUGCCAAAGGAGUGCCAUCGGAUAUACGUCUGAAUUGAUUCAAAAUUUUAGCAAAUUUAGUGAGCUUCAAACCAAUUGUCCAACAGAUUGGAAUAUUAACGGUGUUAACUGCAUCCAAAUCACAUUUCAGAAACUAAGAUUUUACAAUGCUCGAGAAUUCUGUAGCUAUCAUAAAUCGGAUCUUAUUUCACUAUCAUCGAUAGAUUUAGAACAAGUAACUCAAAAUUUAAUUGAGCAGAAAGCAGUAAAUCAAUUAGUCAACAUUACGGGAGUUUCAUUUUGGAUUGGCUUAUAUAAGGUAAAUAAUACUUUCCAAUGGCUCCAAGAUUCGACAGCAGUGCAAGAAAAUUCCAAAUUGGAAUUUAGAUCGACUGCCGGUACUAGCCAACUUCGAUGUGCAGUGAUGGAAUACAUGCAUUUAAAUGGUACUUGGGUUUGGUAUACCGUCGAUUGUGUAAGCCAUCGAGCUUACCUAAUAUGCAGGAAAACGAUAGAUCUAGAAAGCGACACCUCAACAUUCCCUAUGGUUCAAUCAACCACCCAGGUUCCAGUCACUACAGAGGAUUCUGAAACUGGAGCAAUUUCUUUUGCUAUUGAUGCAGUGAUAGCCAAUACGGAAGAUUCUUCAACCACAGACAUUUCUACUAAUACUAUUGUAACCACUCCAAACAUUUCCACUACUACUACAGAGAAUUCUACAACUUCGAAUAUUUUUACUACUACUAGUGCUGUGACAGCUGCUGUGGAGAAUUCUACAACCCUGAACGUUUCUGCUACUACCAACGCGGCGACAGCCACUACAGAGAAUUCUAUAACUACUAAAAUUUCUAUUACUACCAGUGCAGCGACAGCUGCUGUAGAAGAUUCUACAACCCUAAGCAUUCCUGCUGCUACUAACACAGCGACAGCCACUACAGAGAAUUCUACAACCACAAAAAUUUCUACUACUACUAGUGCAGCGACAUCUGCUGUAGAAGAUUCUACAACCCUAAGCAUUCCUGCUGCUACUAACACAGCGACAGCCACUACAGAGAAUUCUACAACCACAAAAAUUUCUACUACUACUAGUGCAGCGACAGCUGCUUUAGGGGAUUCUACAACCCCGAACAUUUCUACUACUACUAACACAGCGACAGUUACCACAGAGAAUUCUACAACCAAAAAAAUUUCUACUACCACUAACACAACUACAGCCACUAUAGAGGAUUCUACGACUCCAACCAUUUCUACUACUACUAACGCAGCGACAGUUACUACGAAGGAUUCUAAAACCGUAAAUAUUUCUAUUACUACUGAUGCAAAGACAGCCACUAUAGAGGAUUCUCCAAUCGUAAACGUUUCUACUACUAAAAACGGAGUGAUAGCCACUAUAGAGGAUUCUACAAUCGCAAAUAUUUCUGUUACUACUAACGUAGCGACUACCACUACAGAGGAUUCUACAACUUCAAGCUUUUCUACUGCUACUAAUAAUGCAGUAACAACCAAUACAGUUCCCAUUACGAAAAGAAAUCCACGUACUAUUGAAGCUUUAACAAACAUUGGUACAACUACGACAACGAUGUUAUCAACUGUAAGCACUUUGUCCACUAGAGUGGCAACAAAUCGAAACCAAACCUAUGAUAAUAUUGAUGAAGUUGUAGAUAAUGCUGGAUUAGAACUAGCGGGAAAGUUAUCGCUCUUUGCGAAUUCUAACAACUCUCAAGUUUCUUAUUAUUAUCAAAAAUUAGGGGUUUGGUAUAUUCUCACAAGUACUAAUAAAAAAGUGGUAACAGCAUACAUUGACAUCAACAUUGAAGAAGAAGUAUCAGCUGUACAAGAAUCUGACACUGGUCAUCCAUUAAAAGUUAAAGUUCCUACAUCUAUAAUCGAUAAUAAAUAUGAAGGACAAUUUCAAAUAGCGAUUGGAAUUUAUAAAUCUACGCAAUUUCAGCAACGUAAUAGAAUACAACAGCCACUAAAAUACGCUGUAUCGUGUCAAAUUCGGCCAAUAAUGAAAGGAACAUUAAAAGAGCCGGUUGUAUUUUUUUAUGAAAUUAAGGAGGGGAGUAACAAACAACCCAGUUGUGCCUACUGGAAAAAGAAGCAAUUUCAUAGCAUACGCGGCUUGAUUCAUGCAAAUAUGGCAGCUUCUAUGAUAAUUUCUACUACGGUAUUUUUACUUGGUAUCCAAUGGACAAAUUCUCCGGCUAUUUGCAAAAGUAUUGCUGCCAUUCUCCAUUUCUCGCUUUUGGCUACGUUUUUAUGGAUGUUAAUUGAGGGUAUUGCUACUUUCAAAAUGUCAACCCACAAUCUUGAAAGUCGAAAUUCUUCUAUUUCAUAUUUGCUUCUUGGUUGGGGAAUAACUUGGGUAGUUGGCUUUCUAGCGUAUAAUCAUCAAACUCUUAUACUUGAUUACUUCUUCGUUAUCCUCAAUUCAUUUCAAGGUGUAUUUAUAUUUUAUUUUCACUGUUACAACUAUAAAGGAGUUAAGAGAUAUUAUGCAAGGAGGUUUAUUCAUAGCGCUUACAGCCCUCGUAACCAAAUUUCAAAAGCCUCAAAUACGGACCUUAUGACACGUUCAAAGCGUAGAAAGUCGGCCUGGGAAGGAUAA